CAUCAAUAAUAUGACUAUACAGUACUAUUAGUGAGGUGAUUGUGUUUGUAUUCUGUCAGUAAGUCAGUAAAUUGCCUGGCGGCGUUUUAAAACACCAUCCCUUGCGAACUGUAGUAACUCCGGGCAACACUUACUCCAAACGAACCUCCACCAAUCACAGCGCUCAAGUCUUGAAAUUAACCAAUCAGAGUACGCUUAUGUCAUCCCACUCGACCAAUCAGCAGGCGCCAUUGUCAUUCCAAAAGCCAGUCUGCUCAUUGGAAGACUUUCUUUUUUAGUUGUUCCACUUCUUGCUAAACCAAAAGGAUUUAACUCGCAGAGAACAUCGCCGCCUGUUGAAACAUCCACCCGGGAGGUUGUUAGUUGAUGUUAAACGCGUAAUGCUGUGCAGUUUGACGUCGCGAAAGAAUGAGAACGAGACAUUCGCCACCUCCUGUUCACGUCCACGUCCCAGAGACCACGCCAGUCCAUGUCCACAUGAGGAGGAGCCCAACUAGGACAUCCCAGGACAGGACAAGAGACCCUCAGAUGAAAGGCGAGCGCGGCAGGUCAAGAGGCCGCGCCCCGUGGAUCCCUCCUGGAAUAUCAUCCUGCAGACCAGAACCGAGAAGCGGCAGAGGGGCGUCAGACAGCGUCCGCCACGAGCAGGACGAGGACGAUGACGUGGGCGCAGUCGCCAAAGACCUCAGCGUCCUUCUCAAGGAGCAAGAAAGUCAGCGUUCAAAGAGAGGGGCGGGGGCCCACGGGUCCCGCGACGUCCUGCUGAGGGCGCUGGUGGAAGCGGAGGUGGACAGCGUGGCGGUGGCCAACCAGCUGAGCGCCCUGAAGGAGACGCUGGACGGCGUGUGGAAGGACAAGCGUCCAUCCAGACUGCAGACGUCCACGCUGGGGCGCCAGCGGCGGCUUUUGCUGGAGAAGAUGGAGAUCUUUGACAACACCAACCACAGCCUGCGGGAGCUUCUGAGGGAGUGGGCCGACUCUGAGCAGGGGGAGUCGCUGAGGCUCUCAGAGGAGAACCAAGCCUUCAAGAAGAGACUCGCCGACUGCCAAGCCGAGAACGUCAGACUGGUGUCCAAACUGUCGGACAAAGACAAGGAAGUGUCUCGUCUGGCCGAGUGUUUGUCCUUUGAGAAGGAACACGCCAAGACCUCAGAGGAGCUCUCCAGGAUCCUGGGCUCCACGCGCGACCAUCUGGAGUCUCAACUGAGUCGCAGCCAAGCCGAGAAGCUCCAACUGGCUGCUCAGCUUCAGCGCAUGCAGCAGAAUUACCAGCAGCUGCGAGAGAACGAGGACCAGGCGGCGCUGGCCUUGCUUACCCAGCAGGCCGAGCGGGCAGAGGAGGCGUCCAGGCAGCUGAGCGACAGGCUGCAGGAGAAGGAGUCCCAGCUGGCUCAGGCGUUGUCCACGUGCAGCGACUUGCGUCUGCGCAACUCCAAGGAGGCGUCGGCCAGGAGUCAACUGGAAGACGAGAUCGCGGCCCUCAAGAUGCAGGUGAGCGAGCGGAGCGCUCAGCUCCACGUGGCCGAGGAGCGAAGUCGUGCGGAGAGAGCGGAGCUCCGAGAUGAGCUGCAUGGUCUUAGCGCCGAGAAGGCUUCCAUGACGCUGGACAAGCAGACUCUGCAGGCCCAGGUGAUGUCGUGUGAGGAGAAGCUACGAUUGGUUGAGGAUGAAACGCGCCAACUCAAGACCUCUCUAAGGAAACAGGAAGUCACCUUGGACAAGUACAAGAGGAAGGCCCAGCAGGCUGAGCUGCAGUGCGAGGAGUUGCACGUGAAAGGGGCGGAGCUCGAGAAGGCCAGCGCGUCCCAGGAGAAGGAAAAGGAGCAGCUGAGGGAGGAGCUGGCCCGCCUCCGUCAACUGGAGAAGCUUCCAGACCGGCUGAGGAGGACCGAGCAGCAGCUGAGGGAGGCCCAGCAGGAGGCUGACGCCCACCAGAGGAGGAGCCUGGAGCAUAACUCCGCCCUGGCUGAGGUCAGACUUAAGGUGGAACAUCAAGGUGCUCAGCUGGAGACGUCCCAGCGCAGGACCAUUCUGCUGCAAGAGGAGAACAACGUCCUCAAGGAGAAGAUCCACAACCUGGAACGGAAGCUGGAGGACAUGACGCUGGAGAACAAGGAGAUGUGUCAGGCCCUCAGCUUGAAGGAGGCCAGUGUGCACAGCGUGGAGCAGCAACUGGAGGUCAAGGCCCGCGAGUGCGGCGUUCUGACUCGGCAGCUCCAACAAGCUCUGGAAGACGCCCAGCAGCAGGCAGACGACAGCAUGCACCGGGUUCUGGCCAAAGAGAGGGCAUCCCAGUCCAAAGCUUUGGACCUACAGGGUCAGCUGAGCCGAGCCGAAGCAGAACUGAGCCAGCUGCAUCGCAGCAAGGACGAGAUGGAGCGUCGCUUCCAGAACCAACUGAAGAACCUGAAGGAGCGCCUGGAGCAGUCGGACUCCACCAACCGCAGCCUGCAGAACUACGUGCACUUCCUGAAGACCUCCUACGGGAACGUCUUUGGAGAGUCUUUGCUCUCCACUUGACCAAACCACAUGGACCUGAAAACCGGGUGUCAAACUUUGGUAAACUCCUCGUAGGGACUUGGACCAAAUGGGCCCAAAUCCAAACCACAGAUACGAGACACAUAGGCGCCGAUACAUGAGGAAGGAUUUUAGGCUGGCCCAUAAGAACCUUUGAUGAUUUACUCAGCAAAACCAAACCCAAUAAGUCCACACUUGUCAUCAUUGGUACGUAUGAACCACAUGACACCCUCAACCAUCGGCUUUGCUUCAAACCAUGGAAUACUUUGAUUAUUACAAUAAAUACAAAACUUUUUACUUUACUAUCUUAUGGAAAAAAAUGCAUCCUUAAUAAGAUGAAAAUGAAUUUCAUGAAAAAAUGUGCCAUUAGUAAAUUCAUACAAAUUUUAUGAAAAAUAAUUGCGUCAAUAAAAUUCUAUAUUUCAUGAUAGGUGCAUCAUUAAUACAAAUUAAAAAAAAUUAUAGUUCAUGAAAAAAAUACAUCAAUAAAAACAAGGAAAAGUAAAAUAGUUCAUGAAAACGGCGCAUCAUUAAUAAAAUAAAUAAAUGCACUAGUAAAAAAAAAAAAGUAUAUAUUAGUAAAUAAAAGCAUUCCAUCACUAUUAAUACAGAAAUAAAUAAAAUAGAUCAAUA